AUGGAGCUCCCUUCUCAAACUUCAAACGUCAAUCCCGACUGGGAAGAAAUUAACGAAUGGGAUUCUGACGAUGAAUUUUCUAAAAACUAUACUAUUACUUCGGUCCACCACCUCACCGUCCUUGACGAUGUAGAUAUAUCUGAAGAUGAGGCGUAUGAAUGCAUUUCGGCUCAUUCCAAGCCAACGUUCGCCCAAGUUGUCAAAUCACCUUCAGACAAACACAAUAUCUCCGAUACGGAAGCGUCUGGUUCAAAGAGAAAUAAGAGUCAUAGACGCAAGUCGUCUCGAUACAACAGAAUAAGAGAUUCCAAAGAGAAAGCUCUCUCUGAACCUGAAGAUUUCGGAGGGUAUGGUGAUGAUGGUAAAAUAGCUGGAUCCAGCAAAUCAAAUGGAAGGAGACGAAUGACAGAUAAAGCACGUGGAUUGAAGCUAUACAAGCAAAUACUUACUCCAGAAGUACUUCCCUAUUCCGCCGGUGAUACAAACAGAGAUAAGGACUUCUGCUAUUAUAAGGCCUGCAAGAAGGUUGUGAGUGGUUCUAAAAAAGAUACAAGCUGCAAACCCUCCAGAAGGGAUAAUAAGAAGUUGGCAAAUGAAUUUUAA